GCGGCAGUGUGCUAACGGGAAUUUCUCCACCAGUGCUGCAUGUGCGUUCCGUGUGUGUGUGUGUGAAUGUGUGCGUUAGCGGAUAAAAAGGAAGUGAAGGAAAAAAAAGAACGGAAAACGAGAAAAAUAACGGGAGCGUCUGCCCCAAAACAGUUGCUAAAACACACUCGAAGCGGUUUAUUCAUAUAUGCAGCACUUUUUCGGUGCAAAAACUGUAAUUCAAUUGAAUCCAGCCUUCGCCCAGCACAGCAGAGCAGCGAGUAGCGUCGAGAGACGCGAGAGGGGCGGUGACGACACAGCAACAUGUGUGUGGCUUAAAUCAGCGUACAGCAACAACUGAAACCGAACGAACUUGAGGAAAUAGCUGGCCUUCGCUUUUGGGCCAUAAAAUGCAUUUACAUUUCGAGCGGAACAUCAACACAAAAUGCGACUGCACGAUACUCUCGUUAUCAUGGAUGGGAAAGGUGCCAGAUGAUAUACCCGAGGACGAAGGAUGGAAGUUAAAUCGCACCAACUACUACCAGGAGGGAUGGCUGGCCACGGGCAAUGUGCGAGGAAUUGUGGGCGUGACCUUCACCACCUCGCACUGCCGCAAGAAUAUGGACUAUCCGCUAAGGACCAACUACAAUCUGCGCGGCCACAGAUCGGAUGUCAUUCUGGUCAAGUGGAAUGAGCCCUACCAGAAGCUGGCCUCCUGCGACAGUUCGGGCAUCAUUUUCGUGUGGAUCAAGUACGAGGGUCGUUGGUCCAUUGAGCUGAUCAAUGAUCGCAACACACCGGUUACCCACUUCUCCUGGUCGCACGAUGGCCGGAUGGCUCUGAUCUGCUACCAGGAUGGUUUUGUGCUGGUGGGUUCUGUGGCCGGUCAGCGCUAUUGGUCCUCCAUGCUCAACUUGGAGUCGACGAUUACGUGCGGCAUUUGGACGCCCGAUGACCAGCAAGUGUACUUUGGAACCACACAGGGUCAGGUGAUUGUGAUGGAUGUGCACGGUGCGAUGGUGUCGCAGGUACAGCUGUCCAAUGAUGUGCCCAUCACCUCGAUGGCCUGGUCCUGCGAGAAGUUCAAGAUGGAGGAAGGCGAGGAAGCUGAGCCCGGUGUAACCAAUGCGGCCAAGCGAUCCUUCGUGCUGGCUGUAAGCUUCCAGAAUGGAUAUAUAUACUUGCUAAAGUCGUUCGACGACGUCUCACCCGCACAUAUCAACACCUGCCUUAAUGGCGCUCUUGGCAUGGUCAUGGAGUGGAGCAACUCCCGGGAGCUGCUCGCCGUCGCUGGUACGCUGCGCACCGGACUGGACGGCGCAAAGCCAGAGGAGCUGGGCACGCCUAGCAGCUACACGAACCUGGUCAAGUUCUACACGGAGACGGGCACUUGUCUGUACCAGGCGCACAUCCCCUGCAGCAGUUCCACAGUUUCGGCCAUUACUUGGGGUCACAACGACAAGCGGCUAUUCAUAGCCACCGGAACGCAGGUGCACAUUGCAUGGGUGUCCAGGCGAGUGGCCUCCCUGCAGCUCCUCUGCCGGCUGGAGAUCCAGGCUAGUGUCGGCUCUGAGACGCUGCUGCCCUUGCUUCCGUUGCCUUCUAGGAUUAAGUCUCUCAUUGGCAAUUUGUUUGCUCAAACGAUACGAUGCUGUGUACCUGACCUGAAGUCGCUGCGUGAUUUUGUUUCACGACCGCCGCUUUGCUCGACCCGGCUUCACUGCACCAUGAUCCGGCACGAUGACGACUCAAACCUGAGCUCUGGCACCUGCUACACGCUCUAUUUGGAGUACUUGGGUGGACUGGUGCCACUGCUUAAGGGCAAGCGGACGUCCAAGAUUCGUCCGGAGUUUGUCAUCUUCGAUCCCCAAGUCAAUGAUGCACCCUUGUACUUUCAAUACUCUGCCGAGGCCAAAAGCUCCUCCGGCUCCAGCCAGUCCACUACCACCGGCAACAGUGGGCGGACAGACUCCUCGGAUAGCGACUACGAGGAGCGCACCCGCUUCGGAUCCCCGCGGACGCCGCGGAAGAAAAGAGUUCGACCGAAGAGGCGCCACCAGGCAGGCGAUCGACUAAGCACAUCCGGAGGCGGUGCAACCAACGAUCCCGACAGCUUGGAUGAGCUGGCCUACGUGGACACACUGCCAGAGGAAGUCAAGCUGGUGGAGGUGACCUCCAACAUUUGGGGAACCAAGUUCAAGAUCCACGGACUUGCCAAAACCGUCCCAGCCAAUUUAGGCCAAGUAACUUAUAAGACGUCCCUACUGCAUUUGCAACCACGUCAGAUGACGCUGGUCAUCACCGAACUGCGCGACGACUUUCCACCCGGUCCCGAUCCUAGCUUUAAUCCCAAUAUAUUCUCCGAGGACGAGGACGAACAUCACCAGCAUCAGGCUAACCACCAUGAUGCAGUGCCGCAGGUGAACGUGACCAGCGCGCAGGACGUGGCCUCACUCAAGCCACCGACCAUACCGCAGAGACGGCUCACAGAUGGAGCUUCUGCUCCCUUGAUAGCUCCGAUGUCGCCCCGCCCUAAUCGUAUUCUGGCGCGGCACAAGAAUUCCCUGACUGUGAAUGGAGGAGAGCGUGGUGCUGGCUCCUCGGCGGGCAUAAGCCCCCUGGCGCGAGCAGAGAGCUACGACGAUGAUUCUUCCAAUGAGUCGCAGGAGGCAGGUGCCACGGGCAGCCAGUCCACCACUGUGGUGCUGCACCAGGCACCCUCCAACGGCUCGGGUCCUGGUCCCAGUAGCAGUAGCAGCAAGUCGAUCACGCGUCCAAAGACUAUCAGUAGUUUCAAGAACAGCUAUAGCCGCUCCAGCUCCAACUCCAGUUGUCAGUCGCGGCACGCAAUCUCUCCGCUAUACUGCGAUGGGGCUGUGCCCACGUUGCAGAGUCCCAAGAAUGCUGUGGCGCCCUCGGACAUCAUCUUCGAAAGGCCAGCCGUGCCUGCCGCUGGACAAACCACUCUCAUGUCGUACUCCACCAACGCAGACUACGCCAACAAUGUUGUGCAGGUGAAGAAUGCUUUGAUGUCAGAGCCGGUACGCUCGGCUAAUAGCCAUGUGAAUCCGGUCCCUCUGAAUCUGAACCUCAAUUUGGAGCGAAUGGAUGCACGGGUUAAGUGCAUGGCACCAGCCACGGCCUCUACCUCCAAGCGACGUGAUAUGCUGUACAUCGACGAGGAGACCCAGUCACCCACGCCCACCACGAGCGCCAAUAGCAUGAAGCGUACGCCCACAGUGGUGUCCAUAGCACCAGCCCUGCCCGACUCCAUAACACGGAGCUGCAGCGUGGGCUAUCUGGACUCGGUGGCCAUUACGCCAUCCGAUGAGGCUCUAUCCGCCCUGCGUAAGGAUGCGCCAAAUAAGCGACUAGUGCUGGUGGACAAGCGAAGGAACCGCCGGAAACGGCAGCAGCAGGAGGAUGCCCGCCGGCACAAGCUGCAGCAAACCGGAAAAUCGAAGAGUCUGGACUCCUGCGAGCUGCUCUCGCUCCAGACGAAGCUGUCCAGCAAAGAGCACGAGCAGGUGGUGCGUAAGCUACAAGAGAUCUCCGACAGCAGUGCCUGCAGCAGUGCGGCCAACACGUUGUGCUUCAAGUGCCGCAACAACAUGAAUACCAGCAGUGCCUGCAAGCGAUGCCAGCCGUCAACGGUCUCCGCCCUUGAUGAGAUUACGUCCGCGGUGGCGGCAACAACAACAACAGAGCCUCCAGUCAAAGAGACUCCAGUUGUCAGCGUGCAGGCAAAGCCGGCCCCCAAGAAACGCUUCGAUGUCAUCACUAGCUUCACAGACUCGCCGCUCUUCACAAGGAAACACCGCUUUGGAUACGGACGCAGCAAGGAGACAGCGGUUACGGAGAACUCCACACCGCUGCUGGGACGGAAGCAGGACAAUGGCUUCAGUUUUGUAAAGCAAUUGUCCGAGGUUCGCUGGCGACGAAAGGAAACGCCACAGGCGCAAAUCAAUGGAGCCAGCAAUGCGAGCACGUUGGAGAGGCAGCAGCAGCAGCAGCCAGAGAUGAUAGGAGCAACAUGUGGGGCAGUGGAAGCAACACCAGUGGAGGCCAAGGCUUCUGUUUCCUUGCACACUCAGGCUCUAACCACCUUGGAAAAUAUAAUAAGCCGUCUUCGUGAUCUCGACGAGGGUCGUCUGACACCUCCUUCCACGCCCCAGCGACUGCCACGUAGUUCCCCAGCAUCGCCUGCGGCUAGCAAAAAGAACAAGCGGCAGCAGAGCAACUCUCCCAUUCGCCACAUCCUGAACUCACCGCUUUUAAACCGCCGCCAGCGAAAAAAGCAGAGCAUCAUCGAGAGCUCUGAUGAUGAGGGUAAUCAGACAAAUGGAUCUGGCGAGGAGAGCAACAACGCGGGCAAUGGAAAGCAGUAUCGCGACCUAGAGACUUUCCAAAAGGCUCAGUUGCGCCAAAAGCUUAAGCGUGGCAAGAUUGAACCCAAUGGCAGUGCCAGUUGUGCCAAUCCGGCGCCAGUGCGUCGCGAGUUUGUGAUGCACAACAAGGCGCCCAUGUGGAAUGAGAUGAGCCAGGUCUACCAGCUGGACUUUGGGGGUCGUGUUACCCAGGAGUCGGCCAAGAACUUUCAAAUCGAGUUUCGUGGCAAGCAGGUCAUGCAGUUCGGUCGAAUCGAUGGCAACGCUUAUACUUUGGAUUUCCAAUAUCCGUUCUCCGCCCUCCAGGCCUUUGCCGUGGCCCUGGCCAAUGUGACACAGCGACUGAAGUAAUCGGAGAAC